ACGUGGUGCCAGUUUGUAGAAGUGAAAGAAACUGUGCGCGCGCGUCUAUUACGUCCCAUCCUCGUUUCUUCGCUGGCAAACGUGACCAUCCUUUUUCUUCACCUGUGUACCCACUUUCCGAGGCUGGGGUUGCCACGAAUUCGUCUGAUCUAGCGUGAGUCGACAACAAAUAGUCGCCUAGAGAAGGUAAAACAGAAAUAAUUCUAUCAUUUUGCACUUCGUACACGUAAGGAACCGAAUUAUAGUCACCUGUUGGUCCGUCACGUCAUGUCGUUUAUACCAACUGGAGAAAGUGUUUAGCCUUCAGUCGCCUUUUGUACCGUCAACCUAUCACAAGUAGCUUCAGUCUCGUUUCGGUCUUUGUUGACUAACCAUCGCCUAAAAGUAAAUAAAACAAAGUAUCGUAGGGAGUUAAAGAGAUUAUCGUCGUUAGCAAUAUUGUAUAAAAUCGAGUAAACCAGUGAGGAAAAGCAGAACUGGGAUUUUGUGAAAAUCAUACCAUGCCAUGGUCGUAACAUAUUAUCGCUAUCAUAUUUGUUUACGAGAAAUAUAACAGUCCAAUAAUUUAGACAACAACCUCCUAUCAUUUUGUUCGGAACUAUAAAACGAGAUAAUUACUUCAAAGGGAAAUGCUACAAGUUGUAUUCUGGCUAUUCGUCAUUGUGCUGGUGUUGUGGUCGUUUUCAAAUUCUGCAAGCAGAAUUUGUGGCGCGCUAUGGGAGAUCCUCGUGCCGAUAAUUAAUUCGAAACCAGUCGAUCUACGAGCAAAGUUCGGCGAUUGGGCAGUCGUAACCGGGUCCACCGAUGGGAUUGGCAAAGCUUACGCAAAAGAGUUGGCUGCAAAAGGAAUAAACCUGGUGCUAAUCAGUCGUACUCUAGAGAAAUUGGAGAAAACAAAAAAUGAAAUUAUGGAAGAGAAUCCGACGAUCAAAAUAGAGGUGAUCGUGGCGGAUUUCAGCAAAGGCAAAGAAAUUUUUGAGGAGCUUGCAAAACAACUGAAAGAUAUUCCAAUUGGUAUUUUAGUAAACAACGUAGGUAUGCAGUAUAGUUAUCCGAUGUAUGUUGGAGAAGUCCCAGAAGACACAUUAUGGGAUAUCAUCAAUGUCAACGUUGGAGCUACUACAUUAAUGACACGAAUAGUCAUCGGACAAAUGCAAAAACGUGGAAAAGGCGCUAUCGUUAACAUAUCAUCCGGUUCGGAAUUUCAACCAUUGCCAUUAAUGACCGUGUACGCAGCAACAAAGAUUUACAUCAAAAGCUUUUCUGAGGCGCUCAGAGCCGAAUAUUCCAAAUGUGGAAUAACUGUACAGCAUUUGACCCCGUUUUUCGUAAAUACAAAGAUAAACGCGUUCAGCGAUCGAUUACAGGUAUCUAGUAUUUUUAUUCCCAGUACGACGACAUAUGCCAAAAAUGCGAUUAACACGCUUGGAAAGACAAAUUCCAGUACAGGCUAUUGGAACCACGGGAUUCAGAAGAUCAUUGUACUACUUUUACCGGUACAAAUAAGAAUAAUAUUUGGAAUGUUUAUGAAUAAGACUUUAAGGAAUGACUAUUUCAAGCAGAAAAGAAGUAACUAACCACCAGACAACGUGUAGUUGUCAAAGAGUUGUCAAGAGUAUAUGUAUAUUUGAUAAUUGUUACGAAGUUGAGUCCUAAUAUACAUAGAUAUACGAUGUACAAGAUGUACGAAGUGCAAAGAAAUAUCAUUAUUUCAUGUAUUUGAUAUGAUUUCUUAUUAAUUACUUGACUAAUCACAUAGAGGAAUAUGAAAUUCAUUGUCAAGGAUUAAAAUUCCCGCGUAUUUCGAAACAACCACUCAUAAAUGUGUUUUAGAAAGUAUGAUUACAUAAUAAAUGUUUUUUAUCAAA